CUUGUCCAAAUUGUAAGCAAAUUUCCACUCCCAUCAUCACAUCCCACUCCAUGAAGACUCUUCUCUCCUUCUAUUAAAUUCUCACUUCCUCUCUAUCAAACUGGGUUGGAGAAACAUAUACUCCUACUCUCCCAUAACGACUCUCAAUUAUCCAUGAUGAAGAAGCCGGAUCAACCGGCAAAGCAAAACCACAACGACAACAGCCACAUCAAGAAGCUUAGGAAAGGGUUAUGGUCUCCUGAAGAAGAUGAUAAGCUUAUGAAUUACAUGCUCCGCAAUGGUCAAGGCUGUUGGAGCGACGUCGCUCGGAAUGCAGGCCUUCAAAGAUGCGGUAAGAGCUGUCGCCUUCGUUGGAUCAAUUAUCUCCGCCCCGAUCUCAAGAGGGGCGCUUUCUCUUCCCACGAACAAGAUCUCAUUAUCCAUUUGCAUUCCAUCCUUGGCAACAGAUGGUCCCAGAUUGCCGCGCGCUUGCCGGGACGGACCGACAACGAAAUAAAGAAUUUCUGGAACUCCACCAUAAAGAAAAGGCUGAGAAAUUCAUCUGCAUCAUCACCAAAACACAGUGAUUCUUCAGAGCCUAGAGAAGUCGUGGGGGGGCUCAUAUCUAUCCAUGACCAUGACAUCAUGACCAUGUGCAUGGAUUCUUCAUCAUCAUCAUCAUCGUUGUCGUCGUCAUCGUCAUCAACAUCAGCCCAUGCCAUGACCCUUAGCAACCGGUUCCACCCGUUGCCUGCGUUCGACAUGGCCGGCUUAGCCGCAGACUACUUCCAGGUGCCACCAUGCCUAACACAAGCUGGUUUUGAGCAUAUAUUAUAUGGUGAUCAUGGGGUCAUGGAUGGUGGUCAGAUGGGAGCACAAGUUGGGAUGUUUGUUCCCCCACUGGAGAGUGUAAGCUUUGAAGAGAAUACUACUACAAAUAACAAUAGUGAAACCAACACUAACAACAACAACAACAACAACAACAACAACAACUACAAUGUCAAUAACACUACUAUCAACAACAACAAUAACAACAACAAUGAAGGAGAGAAUUUGGUUGGGGAUGGGAAUGGUUGGGAAGGUGAAAACUUGAGGAUGGGGGAGUGGGACCUAGGGGAUUUGAUGGAAGAUAUUUCCUCUUUUCCUUUUCUUAACUUCCAAGCUGAAUGAUUAGCUGUCCACAUACACAUGUUUUCAGUCACAUGGACUUUCCUUUUCCUUUUACCUUUCUUUUAAUCCAUACCUAUCUUCUUCUUCUUUUUUCUUUUCUUUUUUUCUUCCACCAAAAUACCCAACUGAUUAUUCCUCUCCAAGAAAACAAAGAGAACACAUGCAUUUUGAAUGAUUAAAAUACCCUUGAACCACUGGCCCUUCCUGCCAUGAAAAACCCAUAGCAAUCCUUUGACAGAAGGUUAGGGUAGGGGGGGCGCAUGUAAUUUUGGUGAAAACAAGAAAUUCUUGGGUUUUUUUUUUUUUUUUUUUUUCUGGUUUUUAUCUACUCCUUCCUUGGGAUGAGGGUAAUCUUGUGGUUUGAUGAAAAUUCAGGGGUGGUGUUCUUUCAAUCUCAUGGGCUAAUAAUAUCAAAUAAUAUUUGAACAGAGAAUGUGAAUAGCAGAGGUGGGCCACAUCAUAUGUUGGUGGUAGACUGUAGUUGUUAUGGAUGUAAAAAAGAAAAAAAGAAAAAAAAGAAGAAGAGAUUUUUGGGGGAUGAAAAAGUUGUUAUUAGUGGGAGGCGAGUAGGAUUUACCACACAUUAGUGAAGAGCAGCCUCUCUCUCUCUCUCUCUCUCUCUCUCUAUGUUGUAGCAUUGCACAUAUAAUAAGAACUUUUGAUCUUGUAAUAUUCAAGAAGGAAAUAAGAGUUUGUGGAAUAUCAUGUUUUCUUCAAGUGGAGUUCAAAAGCUUUGAUGAAUUGCCCAGCUGGAUGCACUUAUGUCA